GUCUCGCACUCGCCUAGCUAGGAGGCUCCGCUGUGAACGUGGGCAAGACAGCUGCGUCAUUCGCAUGUGUGCUCUCAGUAUUUGUUGUGUAUGAGACAUCGAGACUCUCCCGAAGCAUAUCAUUGGCCGGAAUCAGGAUGUUCUUAUAGAAAUAAGGGGUUGGGAGACAUGCCAGGCCAACCUACAAAAAGGGAGGUCGUCGUCUCUCCGUUGAUGACUUCUGCAGAGAACGUUUGAAAUCACUAGCAACAACUCGUUUACAACCACAUAGCCCAAUAUGACGGAAUACAAGCUCAACAUCAAGAUUGACCAGAACAUGGUCAAGAAGUUCAAGGCCGGUGGGCUCAGGUUAUGCCUUGGCUUCGGCUUCGACACGACUGCGCGGCCGGGGUCUACCAAGUUCAACGUCAUCGGGUAUUCUUCAGUCUGCGCUCGAAACUUGACAGUCACAUGGGUGGACGACUACUCCAUCGCAGGAACCAUGAGCGCCUUCUCAAGCGGAGUGAAGUUCGACGUCGCAACAACCCAACAACCCAUCACCUUUGGCGAAUCCUGGACCCUCCCACCAGACUGGACCGACGGCGAAAUAGCCUCGGACGAAACAGCCCCCGCCAACGGCUUCCUCUUCAAAAACCUCGCCUCCUCGGCGUCAGCAGUCAUCUACAAGACCGUCAACGGCGUCGAAAUCCCCGUCCACGUCAGCCAGUUCGGGCCCCUCCCGCCCGGCUCCGAGACCCUGACGCCCCAGCCGCUGGCGGCCGUGUGGUUCCAGCCCUCGGCGGAGACGGGCGCCAUGGUGGACAAGAUUCACGAUUCUUCGCUAAAGAUUAUUGAUUUUGAGGAUGUCACGUCGCAUGAGAUUGAGUAUGGCCCUUCUGGGUCGUGGACUGUGGUUGAUUAGGAGGGUGUGAGAAGCAAUGGCUGGCUUGGCAUUGAACACCAGACCGUAACUAGCGAUUUAAACAGAGCGUGUUUAAGAUGGGAUGAUCCACACCCCAAAUAAACAGAAUUCAGAUGAACACGAUCGUCCUUGGCGUACAAGAGGCUACACGUUAUGUGAACUUUAGACAUAUCUCAUCAUUGUCAUCUACGCCAGGUCUUGAUACUCCU